AUGUCAGGUACGUCGCAAGAGAAAGAAGUGAAGGAACCCGAAGCUGAGGGUGGUGCCACGGAUUCUACUAUAUCCAGGCUGUCUUCAAAUGUUGUCUUCGACGGGAGAAGCCUAGCCAUCAGCCAAACAAGCCAUAUCCUGGUCGGUGCUUCUGAAGAAAUCAGAUACGAAAAGUUGGAUAAAGUGGGGACUGGGUUCCUGGCUGACGUUUAUGUAUACAGAAAAAUUGUCAACGGCGUACCUCGAGGGAAGGUAGCCGUAAAGCAAGACAGGCAAGAGUGGGUUAACCGCUCGGCACAAGAAUACGAACGGAUGAUGCUCGACGACUUAAAGCUGAGAUUGAACGAAUCUGCUUUUGAGUAUAUCUCAAGAUUCUAUGGAAAGGAAACUAUAGAUAACGUCCCAAGUCUAAUAUUCGAGUACCUUGAAGGAGGGGACGUUCAGGAGUAUGUGGUCAAUCAACCACCUAGCGAAGAGAAGGAAAAGAAAGUGGUAGGGUGGAUAAGAGAUAUGUUAGUCGCGCUCGUCUUCAUUCACUCGGUGGACAUUGUCCAUAGAGACGUUAAACCAGCCAAUUUUAUUCGAGUAGAUAAAGAAGGAAGUCGAGUGAAACUCAUCGACUUCGGAUCAGCUGGGCAUUUAGAAGGACGAGAACGGACGACAAUCUCCCGUGGAACAUUUGAAUAUCGUAGUCCUGAGGGUCACCUUGAUAAUAAAAUCAAUGAAAAAGCUGACAUCUUUGCAAUCGGAUUAUCAACGUACGAGAUGCUGACUGGAAGACAGGCUUUUCCACGCCGUCCUGGAGAGGCAGUGCGAGACGUAAAAAUUCUGGACAGAAUAAAGAACGAAGAACCGGUGUAUGAUCCUGAAAUAAUCAACAAUUACUCACGAGAAGCUUUCCAUUUCAUAAAAAAGUUGCUAGUGAAAAACCCUGCACAGAGGCCUGACGCACUGAUGGCCCUUGACAAUGAUUGGUUUGCGAAGUUCGACCUUGACUUGGUGGUCCAACCGGGUAACUGUUGGUGGGUGAGCGAUGAGUGGAACUUGUGGAAGGCGGCGAAAGAGACCAUGAAAAAGGGUGUUAAUCCGACAUCUAAAUGAUCGAAACUCUUCCUAACGGCUACGGUGGGCACCGGAGAGCGAGUUCGAGCAGUCGUAAAUAUGGUCAAUCAGGUGGUUGUCUGUAUCUUUCAUGUGAUUAAGUACCAAAGUGUCUCCG